AUCUCCCUCGUGGUUUUACACUGUUGAUUGGAGGUAAUUCCGGUCUAUUUGGGUUAUAUAACACCGUACAGUGCUAUAGAGGUUAGUGUAAGGGUGUGAACAGGUGUGAGAGUGUCUAACUCACCACCACUCACCACUCACCACCCUUCACUCUUACAUCCACACCGCAUCUCCCUCCUCACCCCUCCUCUCCCUCCUUCACCACCCACCCCACCCGACCCCAUGGCAUCCUCCGUCGCAUCCCACUCCCGCCAAAUAUCCCAAACUUCAUUCACAACAACCUCAUCCACAGGUCAAUACGACGACUACCUCACAGUACCUCAACAAUACGACUACGCAUCCGAGUCCUCAUACGGUUAUUCCUCUCCAGGGGACUCUCCUUCCCCAGCAGCGGACAACUCCCCCGACCAGCCAUUCCUCGAAGGCGCUGUAUCCGUCCGCAGGAGCUUGAGCGCUUCUUCUGCCCAGACGGGGAGGAGAGCGAGACACGUUUCCCAGGCAUGUGAUACUUGCAAGCUGAAGAAGACGAAGUGUGAUGGGGGAAACCCUUGCACUUGGUGCGAGAAGAAUAAUUGGAAAUGUACGACUACGAGUAAGGAUAAUCGCAAGACGCCGAGUAAGGCUUAUGUCCAGAGCUUGGAGAGGGAAGCGGCGAAUUUGAAGCAUCGGGCAGAGGCGAGCGCGCGGUUGGCGGAGGGGUUGAAGCAGAAGAAUAUCGCGCUGGAGGAAAAGUUGCGCAAUGCGGGAUUGUGGGAUGGGUUAGGGACAGAGGGGAAGCUGACGAUCAUGAUUCCCCCUGCUACUGCUGCUCCUAGGCAGGAAGGGGAAGACGCAGAGUUACUAGGCAUGGGGGAGAAGCUCGUUCGUGAUCGAUCUGGCUCUCUUACCGCUUACGCCGGUCCGUCCCCCUUGGCGCAUCUAGCGACAUCCCCCCCGCCCGGCAUGCCCUCCCCUCCCCUCCCAGACCCCCAGCAGCCCAAACUCGGGUGGAGCAGUAUAACCCUCUCCCCCGAAAUACAAGUUCAAGCCACGCGCAACUUCUUCUCCUUAUCAGGGACAGAGUACCUCCCUCUCGCCGCCCAAACCCUGCACAUGCUCGAAUGGGGCCUCUCUCCCUCUUCCCCCGGUGUCGGUGUGCAAGGCCCCCUCACACCAGCAUACUACAAUUCCUUCAUGGCGAACGCCCUUCUCUUCCUACCCCCACACACUGUCCUCCCCAGCGCGAAACACCAGUUUGCGGCCGCGAGCCAGCACCCGCCCAUCUUCCAACACCAGUCUCUGGGGAACGUGCUCUCCCUUGGCUUGCUGGCGCAGUUCUCGGCUCAGGAAGGGGAGUACGACCUUGGCUGGCAGUAUGCGGGUAUGGCCAGCCGGAUGAUGCAGUCACUUGGCCUGCACCUGGAUUUCGACAGGAAGGAAAAAGAUUUCGCUUGGGCCUCGCUUUCGACGCAGGAAAAGCAAUUGAGGAACAUCGUCUACUGGAUCGUAUACAUUCAGGACAAACUGUGGUACCUCUGGGUAGGACGAACCACUGCUGUGCAGGAUAACCCGCGUAUCCCCCUGCCUGAAGUAGAGGGGGAGAACAACGAGCCCAUGUUGGUCUUCCGCGCGCUGUGUCAGCUUAUGCGCACAGCGGGGUGUAUAAUGCCUGACGUAUACGGCCCUGACCUCAGUACAGUGGCAAUUGACGCCCACCGGCUUGCUCUAGACGCGUGGCUUAACAGACUCCCGGACUUACUGAAGCCAACACCGAAAGCGAUGGACACUGCCUCCAUAAGCCUCAGGCAACUGCAUAUGACCUAUCACUGGCUGAGGGUCUUGCUUGAUCGGCCGUAUUAUAAACCGAUCACCCAUCAACUGGCGCAGGAAACGGGGGUUGGGAGGACGGAUGCUAGCUUGAGGCAGAUCAUGGUUUUGCUUGGACCUUGGGAUUCGAAGGUUCAGGUGAACAAGAGCUUGCAAGCUGCUGCUGCUCCUGGCGCUGCUGUACCCGCUCCACUCCCUUUAACGCCACUGCUAGCGCAAAUCGUGCUCACCACCGGCAUCACAUGGCUGCACAGCGCCGUCUCCUUCCACAAAUUCAGCCCAAAGCGAAAAGCAGAAGGAGUAGAGAAAGCCAGAGUUUGUUUGAGGGUGUUGCACGAAGCUGGCCAGAGGGCGUUUGGGGGGAUGUUGAGGAGGUUGAUGAGGCGGUAUUUUAGUAGUGUUGAGAUCUCGGACCGGGAGGGGCUGGGGAUCCACCUUCGUCCAGUUCCGGGGUUACUCCCCCCCGGGGGGAUAACGGUGCCUGUGCUGCCACAAGUACAGAUGUCACCUCCGGAAGAAAGUUUCCCAACUUCCUCCACUCCGGGCCAAACGCUCUUCACACAAGAACCGGGCUCGUUCGACCCUUCUCCCUCGAGCACGUCGCUGCCAUCACUGCCAGCUCACACUCUCUCCUUCCCCCCUGACUUGCUCUCCCCACCUCAAUACUCCCCUUCCCCCAACUCUGCGAGCCCGAUCCCCAGUGGUAGUGUGCUCCAUACGCCGCUGUCGGGGUAUGCGCAGCUCCAAGGCCAGGGGCAGGGGAUGGGGCAGGGGCAAGGACUGGGGAUGGGGCAGGGGCAGGGACAGGGGCUGGGGUGGACAGGGGACGCGAACAGUAGGAUGAUGCGGUUUAUGCAUGAGUAUAUGAGUGGGAGCUUGAGUGGCCAUGGCUCAGGCGCACCGGGGGGCGCGGGGGCGGGUGGGGGGCCGGGAGUGGGGGAGGAGGCUGGGGCAGGGGAGGAAGGAGAGGGGAUGGGGAUGGGGAUGGGGGGGAUGAACCCUUAUGUUCCGGAAUGGGUGCAGCAGCAGCAGUUGCAGCAUGCGAAUGCGAAUGCCCACGCCCACGCACAUGCGAAUGCGAAUGCGCAGGGCCAACAAGCGCAAGGACAAGGCCAACAAGCGCAAGGACAGGCGCAAGGGCAAACGCAGGGGCAAGGGCAGGAGCAGCAAUCCGGACAAGAAGGCGAACCGAUCAACUACAGCGUUUUCCAAGAACCUGAAGACUACAGUAUGGACGGCAUCACCCCCGAGCAUAUGGGGAUAGGGAUGAACAUGCCUAUGGGCCUAGGUCCGGGGAUGAGCGGGAUGGACCUGGGCAUGGGCAUGGGCGUCGGUAUGGAGGGGAUAGGCGGGAUGGACAUGUUAGAUCCAGCGAGCGCAGAGUUCAGGCAGCAUUAUGGGCAGAAGACGAUCGUCCCUGACCGGCUUGAUCGGCUGGAUCGGCUUGAUCGGCCUCAGAGGGGGAGGAGUCCGUGGGAUCUGAGCGCUUAGAGCGGGGGAGGAGUCCUUGGGAUUUGAGUGUUUAGCGCUUAGAGCGGGGCGCCUGGAGCGGGGUGCCUAGAGUGGGGCACCUAG